UUGUGCCACGUACACCAAAUAGUGCUUUAGUUCAUCUGAAAAAAAAAGUGAACGGACCAAGUUCGAAAAACAUAGAAUGUUUGCUGCGCAAGGUGACAGCUCUGAGAAUGCUGCGACGGCCAACCGAGUAACGCUAGAGCGCAAUAUCCAAGAGCCCAGCCCAACCCCACGAGAUGAAACACCGGUUGAAUUGAAAGACGAAGACAUACCCUUACUUAAGGAGGAAACUCCAAUUGUCGAUAAUGGUGAACUUUUCAGAGGAUACAUUCUAAAAGAUGGAAGCCAAGUUCCUCAAUGUUUGGGAGAGAAAAGGAGAGUAAUUAUGAAAGGGUUCUACAACUACAACUGCGAUGUUCAAGUAGCCAUCGUAAAAUUGCCAGUGUCCACCAACGAGCAGAAGAAAGAAAUUGGACGAGAGGUUCGAAUAUUGAAAGAACUAAAAGCGCACGAAAAUUUUAUCCGCUAUUCUACUCACGAAAUGAGCCCGGACUUUGUGUAUGAAUCAGCAACCUGCGUACCUUGCACUAGAACUGUGUCUGUGUUCUGUGGCAGAACUUUUGGAUCGAAAGCUCAAAAAUAA